UUGAACUGAGAAAUGCGACUUGUUUGAGCAGAAAUGGAGUUGAGCAGAAAUCCAGAAAGAUAAGAUAGAUUGCGAUAACAUCUUUUACUACUUUCCAACUCCUAUGAUUCUUGGGUAAUGGCGCUUUCUUCCCCUCCAAUUCCGCCAUUUGCUUCAUCAAAAUCCCUGCUAAGUUCCAAAUCAUUCAAUCCGCUGCUUGUGCUGUCCCACUCUUUCAGGCCAUCAACAUAUUUUGUGCAUGCAAAAUGUAGGCGGAGUGUGGCAGCCGCCGUCACUCUUGAUUCCGGCAAUGGCUCUGUCACGGUGGAAGACGUAGACGAUCAAUCUGCCGCCGCCAAUGCCAAUUCCUAUGGCAGACAGUUCUUUCCUUUGGCUGCCGUCGUUGGCCAGGACGCCAUCAAGACUGCUCUUCUGCUUGGGGCUACAGACCGUGAGGUUGGGGGAAUAGCAAUAUCUGGAAAGCGGGGAACUGCAAAAACUGUAAUGGCACGUGGCUUGCAUGCAAUUCUUCCUCCUAUUGAGGUAGUUGUGGGAUCAUUUGCAAAUGCUGACCCAGCAUGCCCAGAAGAGUGGGAAGAUGGGCUUUCAGAUAAGUUAGAGUACGAUUCUUCUGGUAAUAUAAAGACCCAGAUUAUCAAGUCACCUUUUGUCCAGAUUCCACUUGGUGUUACGGAAGAUAGACUGAUAGGAUCUGUUGAUGUUGAGGAGUCUGUGAAAUCUGGAACAACAGUUUUCCAGCCGGGACUUCUUGCAGAGGCUCAUAGGGGAGUAUUGUAUGUUGAUGAGAUAAACCUUUUGGAUGAAGGAAUUAGCAAUUUGCUUCUUAAUGUAUUGACAGAGGGGGUCAAUAUUGUAGAGAGGGAAGGUAUCAGCUUUAGACACCCUUGCAAACCACUUCUGAUUGCUACUUAUAAUCCUGAAGAGGGGGCUGUCCGGGAACAUCUAUUGGAUCGAAUUGCGAUAAAUUUGAGUGCAGAUCUUCCUAUGAGUUUUGAAGACCGUGUUGCUGCUGUUGAAAUUGCGACACAGUUUCAAAACCAAAGUGGUGAAGUUAUUAAAAUGGUUGAGGAAGAGAUGGACUUGGCAAAGACGCAGAUAAUUUUGGCACGGGAGUAUUUGAAGGAUGUGAGCAUAAGCAGAGAUCAAGUAAAAUACCUGGUCAUGGAAGCCCUCCGAGGUGGUUGCCAGGGGCACAGAGCUGAGUUAUAUGCUGCACGAGUCGCCAGGUGUCUAGCUGCUCUUGAGGGCCGAGAGAAAGUCAAUGUGGAUGACCUGAAAAAAGCUGUAGAAUUGGUUAUCCUUCCACGCUCCAGCAUUAAUGAGACUCCACCCGAUCAGCAAAACCAGCAACCCCCUCCACCUCCUCCGCCACAAAAUCAGGAUGCUGGAGAAGAACAAAAUGAAGAGGAAGAUAAAGAUGAGGAAGAUAAUGAUGAGGAGAAAGAUGAAGAGAAUGAGCAAGAACAGGACCAAAUACCUGAAGAGUUCAUCUUUGAUGCUGAAGGAGGUUUAGUGGAUGAGAAACUUCUAUUCUUUGCACAACAGGCACAGAGACGAAAAGGGAAAGCUGGGAGAGCGAAGAAUGUUAUCUUUUCUGAGGAUCGAGGGCGAUAUAUUAAGCCAAUGCUUCCAAAGGGUCCUGUAAAGAGGUUGGCUGUUGAUGCAACACUUAGAGCAGCUGCACCUUAUCAAAAGUUGCGACGGGAGAAGGAUAUCCAGAAGACUAGGAAAGUUUUUGUAGAGAAAUCAGACAUGCGUGCUAAAAGAAUGGCUCGAAAAGCAGGAGCCCUGGUCAUAUUUGUUGUUGAUGCAAGUGGAAGUAUGGCACUAAACAGAAUGCAAAAUGCCAAAGGUGCAGCACUUAAACUACUAGCCGAGAGUUAUACAAGCAGAGAUCAGGUCUCUAUCAUACCGUUCCGUGGAGAUGCAGCAGAAGUUCUACUGCCUCCUUCCAGGUCAAUUUCCAUGGCAAGGAAACGUCUAGAGAGACUUCCAUGUGGUGGGGGCUCCCCUCUUGCUCAUGGUCUUACCACGGCUGUUAGAGUUGGGAUGAACGCAGAGAAGAGUGGUGAUGUUGGGCGCAUAAUGAUUGUUGCGAUAACAGAUGGAAGAGCCAACAUAUCACUAAAAAGAUCUACUGAUCUAGAAGCUGCUGCUGAUCUGCCUAAACCCACUGCUCAAGAAUUGAAGGAUGAGAUUCUUGAGGUUGCAGGGAAAAUAUUCAAAGCAGGAAUGUCUCUUCUAGUUAUUGACACAGAGAAUAAGUUUGUUUCGACUGGUUUCGCCAAAGAGAUCGCACGAGUGGCUCAAGGAAAAUACUACUACCUCCCUAAUGCUUCAGAUGCUGUAAUCUCAGCAACUACAAAGGAUGCUUUGUCAGCUUUGAAAAACUCCUAAAUACAAUAAACAAAAGCAUCAGACAAUGUUGCUUAGCAUAUAUGAAAUAUGGUGAGCAGUUUGUUCAAUUUUGCCCUUUCUGAUGUUAUUUGUAUGUAGAGAAAUGUAAUUAGUACAAGCAAAAACUUGUACUUUAUCUUCUCAGAAAAAAAAACCUCGUACUUUAUUUUUUAAUGUUGACAGUAGAAUCUAUUCUUUGUUACCCUGUGAAAUGACUUAAAUCAAGCUGUUGGAGAAAAUUUAUAAGUUUUUCUUUAUUUAAUUUUCA